AUUGUGAGUCUGCCUACCAUUUAGUAUCCCUGGAUUUUAUACAAUUUAUAGUUCAGAUCAGCUGAGCUAACYAUGGAAAAUGGAAUUUAUACCGAAAAACGCUGUAGUUAUCAGCCUUCUAAACAUUUAUACCAGAAAGCUGAGUCCGCAGGCCUUGAAAUYACGUCCAAAGAGUUCGCCUCAAUGAUGGAUUCUACGGACGAGUUACGUGACACCAGAAAGGAUUUCUGUUAUCCAAGAAACAAGGACCUCCCAAAUGUUGAUGUUUCACUGGUCGAUGGUGAUCAAGAAUGUGUGUAUUUUUGUGGAAAUUCUUUGGGUUUGAUGCCUAAAAAGUGCAAACAGCUUGCUGAAGAACACUUGGACAAGUGGGCAAAAAUGGGCGUGUAUGGGCAUGAGAAUGGWGAAAGACCAUGGRUAGCUAUUGAAGAGUUUGUUACAGAUGUGUCUGCCAAGAUAGUUGGUGCAAAGCCAAUAGAAGUUGUGGUUAUGAAUACAUUGACAGUAAAUGUCAACUUGAUGAUGGUUCCCUUUUACCGACCCACACCACAAAGACACAAGAUCCUAAUAGAGGGAAAAUGCUUUCCGUCAGACCAUUAUGCCUUUCAGUCUCAAGUCCAAGUACGUGGAUACAAGCCAGAGGAAUCCAUUAUAGAGGUCUUUCCAAGAAAGGGUGAAAUCACACUAAGACUAGAGGAUAUUUUGGAAGUUAUAGAGCAGCAAGGAGACUCCAUAGCACUUGUCAUGUUUUCAGGUGUUCAGUACUUCACUGGCCAAUGUUUUGAUAUGAAAGCCAUUACAGAAGCAGGCCAUAAAAAGGGAUGYUAUGUUGGCUUUGACUUGGCUCAUGCUGCAGGAAAURUUGAGCUUCAUCUUCAUGACUGGAAUGUUGACUUUGCUUGUUGGUGUAGCUACAAGUAUAUCAACUGUGGACCUGGUGCUCUUGGCGGUGUCUUUGUCCAUGAAAAACAUGCUUACAACUUUGAUCUUCCCAGGUUUUCAGGCUGGUGGGGCACUAAAAAGAGCACGCGAUUUGAAAUGGCUCCAAAGUUCGAUGCGAUACCUGGUGCAGAGGGUUUUCAAAUAUCGAACCCUCCGGCUCUCCAAAUGGAAAUUAUGCUUGCUAGUUAUGAAAUAUUUGACAAAGCAACAAUGAAAAAAAUCAGAGCCAAAAGUGAGAUCUUAACAGCCUAUUUAGAAGUUUUGCUUCAACGUCGGUUCCCUAACAUUGCCGACAACCAAGAGGUUUCCAAGCGACCUUCUGUGGAGAUAUUAACUCCUGCUGACCCAAAGGAUCGCGGCUGUCAACUAUCUAUUCGAGUCUCUUGUCACGUUCAAGAUCUGCAUUCUCAAUUGAAAAAGCGCGGAGUUGUGGUUGAUACACGUAAACCCAACGUAAUGCGUGUGGCUCCAGCUCCCUUAUACAACUCCUUUAGGGAUGUUCACGUAUUCGUAGACCUCCUUGAACAGUCCUUACUGGCAGCUCAUGAAGUAUAAGAUUAAUGAUCGAUUAAAGUUAAUCCAGMUUUAAACCCAUAGGUUUUUAAGCGAUAAUCCAGGAUUAGCGUAACGUUAGUGAAUUGGUGAAUUUAAUGGUAAAAUGUUUCAGGGUGAGUUAGGCAUAAUUCAUAUAGCGUAUUUCAUAUGUCUUUUAUAAGAAAACGUACGACUGAAAUAUCCGGGCCGGGUUGCGUCCGAUUAACGUUAAUCCGUAGUUGUUUUUAGAAGGAACCAAGGAUUAGCGCUACCGAGCUUUGAACAAACCGGCUCUGUGCUUUAUGCACUGUGGAACGGUUAGAUUCAACAUUUCUGAAUUACGUGGCGCAACGAGUCGAUAAUACUACAAAGGUUAUUAUUAUUACYAGGUUCUAUUCUUGUUUCGUGUUUAAUAUGUCGAUGAUAAGCAGGAAUAUGCAGGAAUUUAAAACAAUUUUUAACAUGUGGAAUACGACGUGUGAGCCAGGCCUAUACAAUGUACGUUAAUCUGUCUGGCCAUUGUAGCUAGCGCUUURUAUAUGUCUAGUGGUUAUUUAUUCUGUUUCAUUUUUUGGAAAAAGUAAAGGAAAGUUGGGAUAAUAUAAAAYCUGAGAAAGCARCCAGUCAAAUUGAAAUUAUGUUUGAAAAAUACCGGCUUUAGAUAGAAGUAACCGUCUCUUUCUUCAAUAGCACUUGUUUACUUACGAAGAAGAGAUUGAUUGAUUGAUUGWUUUAAUGURCUUUACAAGGAUUCAAUAAUGACAAGAAACUGAAUAAUACACUAAAUAAUAUUUUUAAUGAAAAUAAAGUGUUUUCAAGUAA